AAAUUCUCUUCUUCUCCCAACUUCCUACCUUCAUAUUCAUGUUGCUAACCUCGAGCCUAGUUAGAGGGCCACGCCAAGUGUUGGGGAAGGCUGACUUGGUUCGGGUUGAUGGGGUUAAUUCCGAGCUAAGUGCCACACAAGGUCGAGCUAGAUUCCGCCUCCAAGACAAGUGCCAUCCGAGCGAGUCUCACCCCGUGAUAGGGCGCUACUAUGCAGGCUUGCUAGUCGCCAUGAAGAAAGUUGGAAGGGGUGCCCAGCUUGGUUGGAUGCUUCGGGGUUUCGAUGAAGCUGUUGAUGCUUGUGAGCUAACUGAGUUCAGAUUGGCUGGCAAUCGGUUGAAGGGGAGGGUACCUAGAGUUGUCUCAUGCAAAAGGCUGCUAAAUGAGAAUGGGGAAUUGACAUCUGAUUUCAAUGCUAUACAAGGAGUGGUUACUAGGAAUUCAAGGAGGAAAAGAUUGCUAAGGCCCUUUUCCAAAUGCAUCCUUCAAAAGCACCAGGCCCUUCCUAUCUAUGUUAUGAGCCGUUUCUUGCUUCUUCUUGGGCUUUGUGCAGAGUUGGAAAAAAUUAUGAUCAGGUUCUGGUGGGGCGAAGAGAUCUAUAGUGACCCUUGGCUUUUGGGAAACACCCAAUUUUAUGUGCAUACACCAUGCCCUGAAGAUUGUACUCUUCGAUAUGUUAGUGAACUUGUAGAUGAAGAAACUCACUCAUGGAAACGUGACCUAAUUCUUGAGAUUUUCAACCCGCAUGAAGCUCAAUUGGUGUUGUCCUUGUCGUUGAGUUGGAUGAAGCACAAAGAUGGCUGGACUCGAAACUUUACUCACAGUGGUAUUUAUUCGAUUCACACUGGGCAUCAUCGUGUUGUGGAGCUGCGUAACGAUGAUGGUCCCUCAACUUCUAAUGGGUCUUUUAGAGGAGGUCGCUUAUGGAAUCUAGAUAUCCUUAAAAAGGUACGAUUACUCUUUUGGCAGGGAACUGGAGUCGAUGCUACACUGUCUUGUGUUGUGCUCGGCUGCACGAGCAACAUGGCUGGGUUGUUCUCUCAGCCUUCGAGCCACUGAUUUCCACAUUGAUAGUUUUGCAGACUUUUUUGAUCAUGUGAGUGAGAUUAUGGAUAAGGACCAUGUAAGGAUAGGUCCGAGAUCCUUAACCUCGGACGUACUGUAACAAUUCCUUAAUAACUGAAGUGAGAUUAA